UCACUUCACCACAACACAACCAAAUGCCAAAACCCCCCUAAUUCCUCACUCACCCCCCCACUCUUUAAUUUAAAAAACCCUAGAAAUUAAUUAUUUAAUAUUUAAUAAAUUCAAAACAAACGAAAAUGGUUGAUAAAGGCAAAGGAAUCGCCGAUGAUUCUUCAUCGGCGAAACGGAAACGUAACGGCGAUGAUAAAUCCGGUAACCGGAAUAAAAAAAGCCCAGGUGUUCUUCAGUUUUUCGAAGACUCCGCUUUCGAAAUCAACGAUAGCAGCGAAGAUGAAGAUUUCAUCGACGACGAUAUAAGCAUGUACUUUGAAGAUGUCAUUGGCCCAGAUCCCGGUGUCAAGGCUGAACCAAAGACUCCUAACAUUCCCUUUUUCCCUAAAGAAGAGGAAAUGGAUGAAGAGGAGAUGGAUAAAAUGAUGGAAGAACGUUACAAACCAGGUGCUGGUUUUGUUAAAUACGCAGAAGACCGUUCUAGAGCUGCAAAGAAGGAUGACUGGACCACGUCUAUGGCAUUUGAAAAUGAUCCAACAAUCUGGAAAGUCAAAUGCAUGGUUGGACGUGAGAGGCAUUCAGCUUUCUGUCUGAUGCAGAAGUAUGUUGACUUGAAAGCUCUCGGGACUAAGCUGCAAAUAAUUUCUGCGUUUGCUGUUGAGCACAUGAAGGGUUUUGUUUUUAUUGAAGCUGAAAGGCAAUGUGAUAUUAAUGAGGCAUGCAAAGGUCUCUGUAAUAUAUACCCAGCUCGAGCGGCUCCAGUACCAGUGUCUGAUGUUCAACAUUUAUUUGCUGUUCGAAGCAAGUCCAGUGGGAUAUAUGUGGACACUUGGGCUCGUGUGAAAAAUGGGAAAUACAAGGGUGACCUAGCACAGGUUGUGAGUGUGAAUGAAACUAAACGGAAAGCUACUGUUAAGCUUGUACCAAGAAUUGAUCUACAAGCUGUUUCUGAAAAAUUUGGUGGAGGAGUUACAGGCAAGAAAUCUACUAUUCCAGCUCCUAGAUUGAUCACCUCUAGUGAACUUGAGGCAUAUCGGCCACUAGUCAGGGAGAGGCGUGACCGUGAUACAGGUGAAUUGUAUGAGGUGUUUGAUGGAAUGUGUUUAAAGGAUGGUUACCUUUUCAAGAAAGUGCCCUUAGACUCGUUGAGUUUCUGGGAUGUUAGACCUACUGAAGCCGAGCUAAUAAAGUUUUCCCAUGCCAAUAAAGAAGAAUCCAAUGAUGUUGAGUGGCUUACUGGACUUUUUGGUGAACGUAAGAAGAAAAAACCAUCAAUAAGUAAUAAUAAGGGUGGAAAAGGAGAAGGCUCGUCGAGCACUGAUCUGGAGAGUAGUUUUGAAGUUCAUGAUCUUGUGUUUCAUGGGCGCAAGGGUUUUGGCGUUGUAAUUGGCAGAGAGAAAGAUGACCGCAUCAAGGUUUUGGAAGAAGGUUCAGAUCGACAUAUGGUAGUGGCUGUUGAAGCACGCUUGCUGAAGAAGGCAGAGUUUGAUAAGAAAUUUACAGCCUUCGAUCAGCAUAAGAAAAUUAUAUCAAUGAAUGAUUAUGUGAGGAUCUUGGAAGGUCCACUAGAGGAUAAAAAAGGAAUCGUUAAGCAAAUCUACAAAGGGGUUGUCUUUUUGCACGAUGAAAAUGAAUCAGAAAAUUGUGGUUACUUUUGUGCUAAAGCACAAAUUUGUGAAAAGAUGGAGUCAUCUGCAGAUCUAUGCAAAGGAAAGGGUGGUAAAUCAGAUGCCUCUGGUUUUGAUGACUUCCCAUCAUCACCCAAGUCUCCUUUAUCACCUCAGAAACCUUUUGAAGAGAAGGAAGAUAGCCGCAACUUCGACCGGGACGAUAAAGAUGGUUUUUCUGUUGGGCAACCUUGUAGAAUACGUGUGGGCCCUCUUAAGGGGUAUAUAUGCCGUGUCAUGGCGAUCCGAUACUCGGAUAUUACAGUGAAGCUUGAUUCUCAGCACAAGAUUCUUACAGUGAAAGCUGAGCAUCUUGCUGAACUUAAAGGAAAAAGUUCUGGUGUCUCCAUUGGGGGUGGGCAGGAUUCUACAAAGCCAUUUGAACUGCUUGGAGAUGGUAAUGCUGAAGGUUGGAUGGAUGGAGGAGGAGCUCCCGAUUCCGGAGGUUGGAAUACCGGAGGCCAAUCUACUGAAAGGAGUUCUUGGGCACCUUUUUCUGCACCAGGGUCAUCGGUUGCUGCAGAUCCUUCCAACUCUGAUGCCAAUAAAGAAGGUGCCGGAGCUUCUGCAUGGGAGACUAAGACUACUCAAGAUAGUAUACCAUGGGGCGCAUCUACAAGUGAACAGAAGUCAGGUGGUUGGGGAGCAAGCUCAAGUAGUGUCAAAAAUGAUACUUCAGAUAAUGCUGGAUGGGGUAAUGCAUUGUUGAAAGACCCUGUUGAUAGUUCUAAUGAUGCUCCCUCAUGGGGCAAUGCUGGCGGCAGUAACAAGGGUGAAAGCAAGCCAUCUUGGAAUUCAGUUGCUGCACCAGCAACACAAACUGGUGGCUGGGGUGCAGCGAAAAAGGAUGAGGAUUCUGCUGGGGGCUGGGGUGCAUCUGCAAGUCAAUCUGGAGGAUCUUCAUGGGGUAAACAAACUGACCAAGGUCAGUCAGAUGGAUGGGGAACUAAGCAGGCUGCAGAUGGAAUGAUUAAAGAUGACGAGGCUAGUGGUUGGGGCAAAAAACCAUCUGUGAAUGCGGGAGAUUCUGGGAAGUGGGGAAGUGCUGACAAUGAAACUGAUGGUGGAAGUGGCUGGGGCAGUAAUAACAAGGGUGGGGGGUCCUCUUGGAGUAAGCCAGCGGAUGGUGGGGGAUCCUCUUGGAGUAAGCCAGCGGAUGGUGGGGGAUCAUCAUGGGGUAAUCAAGAUGGUGGAUCUUCUUGGAGCAAACAAGAGGGAAGCCGUGGGGGUGGGGUGGAAAUGCUUGUUUUAAGUGUGGUGAGACUGGCCAUAUGUCGCGAGAAUGCCCCCAGGGGGGUGGGGGUGGUGGCGGCAAAGGAAAUUGCUUUAAGUGUGGUGAGAGCGGCCAUAUGUCUAGAGAGUGCCCCAAGGGUGGUAGUGGCAGUGGCGGGAAUGCUUGUUUUAAGUGUGGUGAAACGGGGCAUAUGUCUAGGGAAUGCCCCCAAGGUGGUGGCGGUGGUGGUAGCAGAAGUUGCUACAAGUGUGGUGAGAGUGGCCAUAUGUCCAGGGAGUGCCCUCAAGGUGGUGGUGGGGGUAAUGCUUGUUUUAAGUGUGGUGAGACAGGGCAUAUGUCUCGGGAAUGCCCCCAGGGUGGUGGUAGUGGGGGUGGAGGUGGCAGAAAUUGCUACAAAUGCGGUGAGAGUGGUCAUAUGUCUCGUGAAUGUCCCCAAGGUGGUGAUGGUGGAGGCGGUGGUAGAAAUUGCUAUAAAUGUGGUGAGAGUGGCCACAUGUCACGAGAAUGUCCCCAGGGUGGCGGUGGUAGCGGUGGUGGUGGCAGAAGUUGCUACAAGUGCGGUGAUAGUGGACAUAUGUCUCGGGAAUGUCCUCAGGGUGGCGGUGGCGGUGGCAGAAGUUGCUAUAAGUGCGGUGAGAGUGGGCACAUGUCUAGAGAAUGCCCCCAAGGAGGUGGUGGUGGGGGGAAUUGCUACAAGUGCGGUGAGAGCGGGCACAUGUCUAGAGAAUGCCCCCAAGGAGGUGGUGGUGGUGGGGGGAAUUGCUACAAGUGCGGUGAGAGUGGGCAUAUGUCUCGAGAAUGCCCUCAAGGUGGUGGGGGUGGUGGUGGCAGAAGUUGUUUUAAGUGUGGAGAGAGUGGGCAUAUGUCUCGAGAAUGUCCACAGGGUGGCGGCGGUGGCAGAGGUGGAAGCUAUGGUGGUGGUGGCAGAGGUGGAAGUAAUGGUGGUGGUAGUUGGGGUGCAGGGGGUUGGGGAAGUGAGAAGGCAUCUGAUGCAGGUAAAAAGGAUGAUGGUCAAUCAAGUGGUUGGAGUAGUGGUUGGAGCAGUGGUCUUCAAACAGGGGGAGGAUGGGGUAAUACAAAUGCUUCUGAUACAGCAGGAAAAAAGGAUGACACACAAGGAAGCCAAUGGGGUGGUGGUGCUAAUCAAACUGCAGGUGGUUGGGGAUCUGAUGGAGGUACGAAGGCUGAUGCAAAGGGAAGUAGUUGGGGCAGCGGUGGUGAUCAAUCAGCUGAUAAAAAGGAAGGUUGGGGCGGUAGUGGUGGUCAAACAGGAGGCGAAGGUGGAGGAUGGGGAUCAUCUGGUGCAGCUGAUAAAAAGGACGAUGCUGAAGGAAGUGGCUGGAAGAAGUCAGGAUGGUAAUAAAAAGGCUUAAACUAUGGUUGGUCUGAGCUUUAGGAAUUUACUCUUGUUGCUGGUCUGAUGUUUUGGGACAUCAGGAUUUCUGAUUUUACUUAUGUUUAAACUUUGGUUGACUAGUUUUCUUUUAAUGAAUCCUUUUAACAUGUUUCAUUAGUAUCUAUGUAGCUACGACCUAUCUAUCUCUCCCUUUGGCGUUCAACUAUUGCGUGUGAUUCCUGGGAUGUGGGAUAUCACGAUAAAUUGUGGGCUAAAUACUAUACUAGUUAAAUAUUACUGUAUAACUUUUGUGUUUCUAUAUUACUUAUGUUUUUGAUU